UAUGGAACUGGUGAACUUUGCUCCAGGCUUCAAAGAACUUCUUAACAGUUCUCAAGAAAAGUCUUUGUUUGCGCCAACUAACGAAGCUAUUCGUCAGCUUCCACCUGAAGCUAUAGGCACCAUCAAGACAAACAUCACUGCCAUUACAAACUUACUGAAGCUUCAUCUGGUGAUGAAAAGUAUCUCCACGGAUGACGUGCUGUAUGGACGGUACAGAGAAUACGUAUCGGCUGACAAUAGAAACAGUCUGUAUUUUCGAGUUUUGGGAGACGAGAAGAACAAAACUCUGACAGUGGAUGGAGUGGGCGUCAAAGCCGCAGCUGUGCAAGCAGAUAUCGGAGCCAUCGAUGGUAUGGUGCACAUAAUCGACAGACUUUUAGGAAUGCCCUUUCAAACAGUCUUCUUAAAACUGCAGUCGGAUCCAGAUCUCAGGAUUACUUAUGAACUGAGUGAGCAAGACGGUUGGGGUCAAAUUUUGAGUGGCAACGACAAACGAUUUACAUUCUUUGCUCCCAGUGACGAUGCAUGGAUGCAGCUCAAAAGAAAUAUGCCCACAGUCUACAAGCAGCUUACCAUGAAAGCUUUCCCUUACCAUACCAAAAAGAUUUUGGAUCGUCACCUCGUGGUUAAUCGUGAGCUUCGUGCCUCUGACCUUGAAAGAAUAAACGAGAUACAAAUGGUCCACGGUCGUUUCAAGGUUAUCCAUCUCGACCAUCCGGGCGGUGAACUGUUGUUGGAAUGGGAAGGUCGUCAAGCUCGUAUCGUCCGCCCAGAUGUUCAAACUGUCAAUGGCGUCAUACAUGUGAUCGAUCGUGUAAUGAUGAUGAGGCGUGAUCUUACCAAAUCGGGUGCUCCCAUUGGUCCACUUAGCAAUGGCUUCUUAUCCAUCAUUCCAGCUUUUUUUACGGUCGCCAUCUUUUUCUGAAGACUCAUCGUAGAAAGUAUAAAGUAACACAUAAAAGGCAACAAAAAAUGCUGUGUUUAAGAGGAAAAAAGAAAGAUUUUUGCUAAAAACUUUGUGAAAUGUGCAUUUUAGAAGAAGAGGAGAUUUCUGUGCAAUCUUGUGUUCUUUUAUUGUGCACGAACGUGAACGUCUUCAUACCGAUGCCACAAAAUGUAUUACAAAUUCACGAAUUGAAGUGCAACAGUGUAAAAAAAUGUUGUAUGUUUUGGGAGAGGGUAUAAAUGAUUCAGAAAUUUGCUUAUAAUUCAUAGAAAGCCAGUAAAGUGACACCAUAGAAAAAUUUUUGAGCCAUUUUGGAUAGAAUUAAUCAAAACGCGUUAAAUGGAGAAGAGUAAAAUUUAUUACAACGUCCAAACUCAUUUUUUAAUUACAGUACUGAACACGAAAUUUGCUGUUCGAUGUACUGCUUUUGUUAGUGUUAUCUAUAAGAUGAGAAAGUUACCAUUCUCAAAUACUUGGAAUUUUGUAGGAAUAUUCCAUGAAUCUGCUACUACGAUUCUUCCGUACUUUAAAAAAAAUUUUUAUUAUUAUUAUUGUAUAUUAAUCUAACAGAAAAAUUGUUUGUUUAAGAAAUGUAUUUAUUCAUGACGAAGCGAUACGCAGAUUGAAGUGUGUCGAAAACUAUUUAAAGUAUAUUUAUUUUAUUAAUGACAAAUUCUAUGUUUUGUAGAAUACAAUCAUUAGAGUCAUAGUUUGCUUAUUAAAAAUGGCAUCACAGCUGCUUCAAAAAUUAUCAUUAGCUGUAGAUUGAAAAUGAUUUAAAAACAAAGGGAUUGUAUAUAUUAUAGUAUGCCCAUAUUAUACUUAUAAAUUAUAAUUCAGACAUUAAUUGAGUUAAAAGUACACGAGAAUAUAACUUCUUCAGUUCUACUUUUAAAAGCUUUGCUAGCAAAACUAAUUAAAAUUAAUGAAUUAGAUCUGUUCUGCGAGACCAUGUUGUUUAAUGUAGUUUCUUACUUGCAUAUUGUAGUAAAUUGUUCCCCCCAAAAAGACUGUUAUUCUUGUGAUACUAAAUCAUUAUUAUUUGCAAUAAUAUUAUUAUUACUUGUGUA